CCAUUGGCUCAUAACAAUCAUUAAGCUGCUUUCAAAAUAAUAUCAAUAUACGAUGAAAAAUACGAUUGAGAUAGGACCUCAGUACGUGCAACAAGUGUAUAAUUUAAUUCUUGACGUUCAUUGGUUAAAUCUUCUAAAGGCGAUCGACCAAUGGGGAAGUACCUCAUAAUCACGAAGUCCCCGCCCCUUCCCCGAUCUAAAAUAGAGAGAGGAGGAGCAUACGAUUUUGUCUUCAAUAACUAGCUACUACAGUCGUACGCCAAGGGAUAUUUGAUUGUUCUAGGCCGAGUAGGAUUACACUCUGUUAAUACCGUAUACUAGAUUUUAGAGCCUCUAGGCUUCAAUUGCUGACCACGUCUCGCCUACAUGCUUCUUUCUUUUGACAAAGUUGCUGCUUCCUGAAUGGAAAAGAUCGGCCUAGGUAGGACGCGCCUAGGGCCUAGCCUAUAUAACCUAAAUAAAGAAUAAGAAUAAUAAGAAUUAUUUUAUUCAGCCCUACCCAGCAAUAACCAGGAAACACCAUCAUCAAUGGUGGAUGUCAAGGAGGAAGAGAGCAGUCUACCUGAAGUCAUCAAGAGUGUGUCAGAUGCCCAAAAAACUCAGGCUUUUAAGAUUGCAAACCAUCAAGAACAACUCAAAAUUGUUCAGGAGGAGCUUAUACAAGAAUCAGCAGAACUUUCGAAACUUAUAAGUGAGAAAGAUUCACGUGUCAGAAAAAUUUUGCAGAUUGAAGAUAAGCUCAGCAAUAUAGAAAAGAAUUGUGUACACUUACAAGAAAAAAUUUUUGCUGCUUCUGCUUGCAACCUUCAAUUGAUUCAAGAAAAAGAAACAUACGUGGAUGAAGAAAUUAGAACUGAAAAACUGCGAAGCAACUACAGAUCCAAGAUGGCUGCAUACAAGGAGCAAUGUGAGAAUCAAGAAAUGAUGUCUGUAACAAACCAAGCCUUGGAUGAGACAAAACACAGCAUCCGAAUGCUCAUGGAUGAAAGGCAGAUUCUUGAGGCCAACCCAGAAAGAACAAGACUGCUGCUAGAGGGCACUUGUAAGCAGAAUCUUAGAGAACAAAUACAAGAAUUGGAAGUGAAAUCGAUUAACCUAAAGGCAAACAUCGAUAGGAAUCUAAAAAAGAUAGAGAAUUGUGAAGGUCAAAAAUCUAAGCUAAAGCAGGAUAUAUCAGUCUGGCAUAAAAGAAAUGUUGCCCAGAUGACAAGGCUGAAGAAGCAAGUGCUUGAGGCACAGACAUACAACAGACAGUGGAAUGAACAAGCCUGUCAAUUAGAACGAAGCAUUGCUUCACUUCGGCAGCAACUAGAAGAAUAGAAAUAUGAAGAUCUAGCAGAAAUUAUGGUGUGCAACUACUUUCAGUACCACCCUUGAGUUAUUCAGAGAGGACUGCAAUAUCAUCAGAAAGACUUCUUUGCACUAAGUACUGGAUCACUCAUAUGAUGAUUAGAAACAUAAAAAAAAAUCAUAUGUGAACAAAAAGGUUAAUGGGGGUUGGAGAAGAAAAAAGCAACCUAGUUAUAAAAUAUAUGUAUGGAAAAUUAACCUUUGCAAUUAACAUUUAAAACUAGGACUUCUCCAGAUUAAAUAACCUUUUAAUACCAUUAUUAAAGAAUACGCUAAUCUUAUACUUCCAUCAAGACCCUUUAAACUUAAUUGUGCAUUUAUGUGUAAUCCACGAAUAUUCAUCAAAUAUGCUCAUACAGUCUAAUAUGCUCAUACUUUAGUUAACUGUUAGAAUCAAGUACAAAUUGAUGGAUAUAUGUGGGUCCUUAGUUCGGUUUCAUCGCUGCUCUCCAUCUUAUGAGAAGUGUUUUAAAGCUGUUGGUCUUUUAAGCUUCAAGUAAUAAUAAAAGUAUCAACAUUUUAUACUGUACCACACCAAUUUGAUACAAAUAUCAAAAGCUGCACAUUAAACAACUUUAUAAGUUUAUCAGAAAGAAGAGUAGCUAUUGAUUUUAUGGACCAAUCGCCAGCACUGUUCAAGAAAAAUAUGGAUUCUCUAUCAAUGUAUGGACCAAUCACUGCCACCGUACUAGAGGAGUAAGAAUUGCCCAUCAGUUUACAGACCAAUCACCACCACUGUAUGUAGAGUAGGGAUUGUCCAUUGGUUUACAGACCAGUCAUAACUGCUAUGCAAGUAGGGAAUGCCAACAAAAAACUGUAAAGUGAGGGAGGACUUGUGCUUUUGCUUGUUCAACAUCGUGUGCCUAAGUUAGGGAAUAGAAACCUCUAACAGACUACAGUAGAUGGUAUUCCUUGAGACUGCUUCUAGCACUUUUGUUCCAUUAAAAUGUGUUAAUGUUAUUAGUAUCAUGGAUUCAGUUGUUAAAUUAUGCCAGAUUAUUCACCGUAAAUGUUUCAAUAUUAAAGCGCUGAUAAAAUCUACACUAGCGUUUAUUAGAUCUGCUGUAUUUUUAAUAAGUAAGCUCAUUUCAUGAGUAAGCUGAAUAAACGCUAUUUUAUGUUAUUGGGAUACUUUUAAAUAAUCAAUUUCUCAAGAAAUUAAUUAUUCAAACAAUUCCAAUGCAUUGCACCCAAAAAUUUAUUAAAGCAUUUACAACAAUGGACGAUCAUUUUGUGAUACAAACAAAUGCAGUCCUAUUAAAUGAAACUUUUAAAUAUAAAAGAACACCAGAUAUGCAUUGCAUUAAAUUAUUUUUAUUAUGAAGAAAAAUAGUAAUGUACAAAAUAACUUCAUCUGGUCUACUCAUAUUAUAUGUAUGUACAAUUAAUUAUCAAGUGUUUAUAAUCAAAAUAGGUUUUAAAGCAAGAUAUUAUAGCAAGACAUUGUGAAAUAUUGUUUACUUAAAUUCUAUUCAAUAUGGCUUCAAACUAAUCAUGCAUGAUAAUACCGACCAGCGGUUAACCAACCACUUCCAUGAUUCACAGGUGCGAAUGUGCUUAAAGAAAGCAUCAACAGCUGCCAUCCAUAUGCAGAGAUAAAUCAGUUAUUACAGACCUGACAAGUAAAAACAUAAAUCCAUACUUGUUAUUGUUAUAAAAUGCCUUAUUACAUAGACAAAAGCGUACAUCAACAUAAACACCUGGUAUGUAAAUUCAACAAGCUUGUACACCUGUGAUUCCCACGUAUGUGGCUGCUGCAUACAAAUACUGGACUCCUGGUACUAUAACUGUACAGUAGCCUGGUUCUCACGAGAGCCCUAGUAUCCAGAUUGGGAGCUAACCGUUAGAACCUGCGUGAGAACGCCUGACCGUUUAGCGCUAACCGUUAGCUGUAUCCGGAUACCGCUAAGAGUUAUCAAGCGCUAUCGGCUAGCAAGUUGAGAGCGUUUUUAUCAUCAACCAAUCACACGUACGCGUUAA